CCUCCACACCUUCUUCGUUUACCAUGCAAAUUUGCUGAUAUACAUUUUGUUGAUCCUUUAGAUUUGAUGCGGAGAAAAUGGAGGGAGGAAGAAAAGUGAUUGGUUGGGCUGCUAGGGAUUCAUCUGGGCAUCUCUCACCUUAUUCUUUCACUCUCAGAGAAACAGGACCAGAAGAUGUAAUGUUUAAGGUGCUGUACUGCGGUGUCGAUCACAGUGAUCUUCAUCAAAUAAAGGAUGAGGUUCACCCCGCCAACUACCCUUUAGUUGCAGGGCAUGAAGUGGUGGGAGAGAUUAUGGAGUUGGGUUCAGAAGUGAAGAAGUUGAAGAUAGGGGAGUUGGUUGGAGUUGGAUGUAUAGUUGGAUCUUGUGGGGAUUGUUUGCUCUGCAAAUCAAAUACGGAAAAUUACUGCAACAACAGAAUAUUCACAUAUAAUGGCAUCUACAAAGAUGGAAGACCCACUCAAGGAGGCUAUUCUUCUGCCAUGGUUGUUCAUCACAGAUUCGUAGUAAAGAUACCAAAGAAGCUAGCACCGGAGCAAGCAGCGCCACUACUAUGCGCAGGGGUGACAGCAUACAGUCCCUUGAAGCAGUUCAUGAACAGUGAUAAAGUCCUAAAGGCAGGAAUAUUAGGAUUGGGAGGGGUAGGACAUCUAGGUGUUCUAAUAGCAAAGGCAAUGGGACACCAUGUGACUGUUCUAAGCUCUUCUGAUAAGAAAAGGGCAGAGGCAUUGGAGCAUUUAGGGGCAGAUGCCUUUGUGGUGAGCUCCAAUGCAGCAGACAUGGAGGCAGCAGCCAAUAGCCUUGACUUUAUUCUUGACACAGUCCCUGCUGUGCACUCUCUCGACUCAUACCUUCCACUUCUCAAAGUUAAUGGGAAGCUCAUCUUUCUUGGGGUUGCCCCAAAACAUUUGGAAUUCAACAAUACUGAAUUAAUUUUAGGGAAGAAGGUACUAACAGGGAGCUUCAUUGGGAGCAUGGAGGAGACACAGGAGAUCUUGAAUUUCUGGGCAGAGAAAGAACUGACAUCAAUGAUAGAGAUAGUGAAGAUGGAUUAUAUAAACAAGGCAUUUAAGAGAAUGGAAAAGAACGAUGUGAGGUACAGGUUUGUGGUUGAUGUGGCUGGUAGCAACCUCCAAGAAGUCACUUGUGAAUGAAUUCAUAAAGGAUUGGAGCAUUAUAAGUAAUACUCUUCUUUUCAGUUCUUAAGAUGUUUCAGAUAAUUUUCAAUUGAUUGCUUGAAUAACAAAAGAGAA